AUGUCUGCUGCCAGCAAUCUGCAAUAUGAAGCUCAGUUUCAGUGCUCCAUCUGUCUGGAUGUGUUCACUGAUCCAGUCAGCACACCAUGUGGACACAACUUCUGCAAAAACUGCAUCAAUCAGCACUGGGACACGAAUCAGAGCUGUGAGUGUCCCCUGUGUAAAGAGACUUUCUACACUAAACACUACACUACACUGAAGGUCAACACCUUAAUCUCUGAGAUGGUUGCUCAGUUCAGAAGAAGUGAGGCUCAGCAGAGAGCCAGCAGCAGCAGCUCAGAGCAACAAGCUGCCAAACCAGGAGAAGUUCCCUGUGAAGUCUGCAUUGGAACCAGACUGAAGGCCCUGAAAUCCUGCCUGGUGUGUCAGACCUCCUACUGUCAGAUUCACCUAGAGCCUCAUCUGAGAGUCAAAGGUCUUAAAAGACACCAGCUGAUUGAUGCUGUGGAAAACCUUGAAGGCAGGAUGUGUACGAAGCACGAUAAACCUCUGGAGCUGUACUGUAAGACUGAACAGACAUUUAUCUGUGUGUUCUGCCCUGUUUUAGACCACAAGAACCACAAUUUUCUUCCUCUGAUAGAAGAAUCUGAAGGAAAGAAGGCAGAGCUGGAGAAGACAGAGGCUGAGAUUCAGCAGAUGAUUCAGGAGAGACGAAUGAAGAUUCAGGAGAUCAAAGAGCCAGUGAAGAUGAGUAAAGAUGCUGCAGAAAGGCAGAAAGCAGAAGGUUUUCAGGUCUUCACUGCUCUGAAGGAGUCUGUUGAGGGAUGCCUGAAGGAGUUCAUAAAGGAGAUUGAAGACAAACAUGAAACAACAGAAAAACAGGCUGAAGGUCUCAUCAAAAAUCUGGAACAGGAAAUCUCUGAGCUGAUGAAGAGAAACUCUGAGGUGGAGCAGCUCUCACAUUCUGAAGACCACCUCCACCUUCUCCAAAGAAUCUCCUCCCUGAAAGCUGCUCCACCCACCAAGGACUGGACAGAGGUCAGAGUCCAUCAACCAUCAUAUGAGGGGACUGUGGUGAGAGCUGUGGCUCAGCUGGAGGAGACAAUCAGGAAACACAUGAAGAAGAAGCUGUUUGAGGCUGAGCUGAAGAGGGUCCAGCAGUAUGCAGUGGAUGUGACUCUGGAUCCUGAUACAGCAUAUCCUGCUCUCAUCCUGUCUGAUGAUGGAAAACAAGUGCACUGUGGUGAUGUGAAGAAGAAUCUUCCAGACAACCCAGAGAGAUUUUCUGACUAUAUUAUGGUUUUAGGGGAGCAGAGUUUCUCUUCAGGCAGAUUUUACUUUGAGGUUCAGGUUAAAGGAAAGACUGAGUGGGAUUUAGGAGUGGCCAGAGAGUCGAUCAACAGAAAGAGAGAAAUCACAGUGAGUCCUGAGAAUGGUUUCUGGACUGUGAGGCUGAGAUAUGGAAAUGAGUACAAAGCUCGUACUGGUCCUUCAGUCCCCCUCUGGCUUCAGCCUGGUCCUGAGAAGGUGGGGGUGUUUGUGGAUUAUGAGGAGGGUCUGGUCUCCUUUUAUGAUGUAGGUGCUGCAGCUUUGAUCUACUCCUUUACUGGCUGCUCCUUCACUCACAAACUCCACCCAUACUUCAGUCCCUGCGGUUCUGAUGGUGGUAAAAACUCUGCACCUCUGAUCAUCUGUCCUGUCAAUCAAACUUAG